GUACUUCAGCAUCUGUCACCCAUUCCUGCACGUGGUCACCCCCAGGAGAGCGCGGGUGUCCAUCUUGUGUCUGUGUAUGUUCGCCUUCUCUCUCGGAACAAUCACCGCUUGUAUGUACGGCGUGUAUGAGCUGCGUACGGAGAACGUGACGCGUGAGCUGGGAGAGGUGGACUGGUGCAGUAACGACACCGCUCACCUCAGGUUCGGGCCCGGCACGACCACACAGGUGGGGGACAGCCUCGUUCUCAACGCCACGGUCAGCUCUGGGGAGUACAGCAUCAGCCCCACCCUCGGCAACCCCUCCCCCUCCUCCGCCUCCUCCUCUCUAUCAUCAUCAUCAGACGACAUAUCCCCGUCAGCUGUUGUAGAGAUCGUCAUCAACAACAGCAGUUUCCAACAUGGCGCCGGAAUGGCCGGAAGUGGGCGUGAUAACAUGACUUCCGGUUCCGGUGGAUCACUGGGAGGUUGGGCGGGUGGUGAGCGUGAGUCCCCGCGGGUGUGCACGAGACAGGAGAGCUCGUGGGUGUACAACGGCGGCCUGUGCGCGGAGAACGAGAUCAUCUUCACGGAGGAGUUCAUCGUGCUGUACCAGAAGGUCUACAUGUCCUUCUUCGUCAUCUCUCUGCUGGUGGUCUUCACCUUGUACUUCUUCAUCUAUCGCUCGGUCGUCAGACGCCGCGCUUGGCGCAGGAAGCAGAAGUCGUGGUCUCACUCACCCAUGACCAUGACAGCCGCCGCGGCCACGGGGGGGAGCAAGGACACGUGCAAGAGCCGCUCGAUGACCACUCACACCACACUCACCACCCCCGCCCCGGGGCCCGAGAACCUGGAGCUCACGUCAUCGGGGGUCACAGGUCAGGCGGUUGAGAACUGCCCAGGGGCGGUGGGUGACGUCACAAAGGACGCUGCAGUUGCUGGAAGUGACGGUGGUGGUGGUGGUGGUGAGAACAAAGCUAACGACAAAUCCGGAGAGCGCGGGGAGGACAAUAAGCUUCUCCCAUCGGCGACUGACGGCAACAACACCUCCUCCACCAACCCCAUCAACACCACCAACGCCAACAACAUCAGCAACAGCAUCAACAAUGUGAACAACGCCAAUAACCUCAACAACACCGCCACCACCACGAAUGACGUGUUGAGUCAGAAAAAGCCAAGCACCCCCAGCACCCCCUCCCCCCGAACCACGUCUAUGAUCACCAUCGCUAAGUCUGGAACACACGAGAACGGGGUGGAGACUUCCGCUCUGACGUCAUCAGCGGAGAAGAAAACGAACCGCGAGAGGCGAGACUUUAACUUCCUCGCCAACAUCCGCACGGCCGGCAUGCUUUUUGUCGUGGCCAUCGUCUUCAUCUUCAGCUUCCUCCCCGCCUGGCUGAUGGCGACCAACAUCGCCACCUACCAAAUCUUCAUCUUCUACAUGCACUUUCUCUACAACGUGGCCAACCCCGUCAUUUACGCCUUUAUGAACCAGUCUUUUCGCAAGGAGCUCAAGCGAGUGUUCCAAAGAGGUACCCAUUUCUUGAGAAGCGCCUGAGCUCCAGCCUUUUGCCCUGUUCUAUAUUACUCCUUCCCAGCCCUAUUGCCAUCAUAGAUCCUCCUUUUUGAACUGUCUUUGUGCUAGACUUCCCUCGUUCCUAUCAUGAGUUCACCCGUUUUGUGAUUUGGCCUUCAGUUAUCCCCCCUACAAGUACCACCCUCUAGUUAUUGCCCCUUCCAAAUCAUUUCGCUAUUUUAAGUAGCUUCUUGUUUCAGUUCACCUUUCUUCCAAGAUAUAGAAUAUUAUCCCUACACCGAAUAAAAAUUACAUUCAUUAUAAAAUUAUGAUAAAUGACAAUCUUAGUUGUUAUAAUGAAGUCAACCAUUGUGAUUUCUUUUUAACUUUCUCGCGGUUUUUUAAAAUAAUUUUUUUAAACAAACAGUCAAGUUAAAAUUGCUUUAAUUUUGAUCGUUUUCAUCGCUGCCUUUCUUUUUCUAGUAUUAUUAUUAUCAUCAUCAUCAUCAUCAUCAUUAUCAUUAUUAUUAUUAUUAUCAUUAUCAUUAUUAUUAUUAUUACUAAUGUUGCAUGAACAACAUCACAAACGCACACAGACAUUUCAAGGACAGUUCCAUCCAUCCUGUACCUGGCCACCCUAGCACAGCUUUAGACGAACACACAGCCCGGGGCUCUAGUCCUAGUAUACCUUGUGCACAGUCACGAGCCUUUGGGCCGUAAAUCAAAACUCCAAACUGGAAAGGGAACUUAAUCCAAUGAUUUAUUGACGUCUUAAUCAUGUCUAUAGACGGAUUGGUCAUAUAAUGAUAAUGCUAUAGUAAGGCUGCGCCAAUUGAAGGAGUUUGGUUCACGGAUUGCGGCUACGUUUGUGUACAAAAAAGCUAGAACGUGACCUAUUCUCUCCACACGCUAGGACUAUGACAGUCUUGCCAGGUGAUCAUUGACCGCAGAGUCCCCGCAAGUGACAAAACGUCUAUGGCUUUAUACAUUUCUUUUUCUUAUUUUCUUUUUUUCCGUUUCUUUUUUUUUUCCUUUUUUUAGCACGUAUCUUCCUCCACAACUGAUAGAUCUUCCUGGUUUUUCUGUUCAGGAGGAUGUUCUUUUUGGCUCCACCAGCACUUGUGUCAUCUUGUGACGAAUGAAUCAAUGAGUUGUUGCUGGCUGGUACUCUCUCACACCCAACACUUGUGUCAUCUUGUGACGAAUGAAUCAAUGAGUUGUUGCUGGUCUGGUACUCUCUCACACCCAACACUUGUGUCAUCUUGUGACGAAUGAAUCAAUGAGUUGUUGCUGGUCUGGUACUCUCUCACACCCAACACUUGUGUCAUCUUGUGAC